AGUACCCCACAACAUUUGCUGGUACCCCCGUUAUGCCAACCGCCUCCUGGCCUCCCACAGCCCGCGCGGUGUGCCUGGACCUGCCCAAGGCCUCGGUCUACCAGUGUACGAACGGGCACCUGAUGUGCGCUGGCUGCUUUAUCCACCUGCUGGCCGAUGCCCGGCUGAAGGAGGAACAGGCCACCUGCCCCAAUUGCCGCUGUGAGAUCAGCAAGAGCCUGUGCUGCCGGAACCUGGCCGUGGAGAAGGCAGUGAGUGAGCUGCCAUCCGAGUGUGGCUUCUGCCUGCGGCCGUUUCCUCGCUCUCUUCGCCACAGGGUGACCCAGUGCAAGUACAAGCGGAUCGGGUGCCCGUGGCAGGGCCCGUACCACGAGCUGACAGUCCACGAAGCGGAGUGCACUCACCCCACCAAGACUGGGAACGAACUGAUGGAGAUUCUGGACGAGAUGGACCAAACCCAUAAAAAGGAAAUGCAGCUGUACAACAGCAUCUUCAGCCUGCUCAGCUUCGAGAAGAUUGGCUAUACAGAAGUUCAGUUCCGUCCCUAUCGCACCGACGACUUCAUCACACGCCUGUACUACGAGACGCCCAGGUUCACCGUGCUCAACCAGACCUGGGUGUUGAAGGCUCGAGUCAAUGACUCGGAGCGCAACCCCAACCUCUCCUGCAAGCGCACCCUCUCCUUCCAGCUCAUCCUGAAAAGCAAGAUCAGCUCGCCCAUGGAGUGCUCCUUCCUGCUCCUGAAGGGGCCUUAUGACGACGUGAAAAUCAACCCCGUGAUCUACCACUUCGUCUUCACCAACGAGAACAACGAGACGGAGUACGUGCCGCUGCCCAUCAUCGACUCUGUGGAAUGUAACAAACUGCUGGCGGCCAAGAACAUCAACUUGCGGCUUUUUAUAUUCCAGAUACAGAAAUAGGCCAGGCUGCGUUCACCUGGAAGUUACCCAGAAAGCACCACUGAACCAUAGUUACCUCGUACAGCGGCCUGGGCCAGUGGGGGGGGUGUCUCAGUAAUUUGAUCGUUUUAAAAGGAAACAACACCACCACAACGUCUGCAUGUGUAUGCAACAGCGUAAGCAGCCACAGCCUUCCCUCCCCCUGCCCCUACCCCCCUCCAGGGACAGACAAGAAUGGAGCCCAGUCCACGCUGGGGACUAGCACACGGGGGCGCCCGCUGGGAAUCCGGCAGAGCACACCCAGAGCUCUUUGGCAUGCUCUUGCAAGGGCCGGCCGAGAAGCCAGCAAUCCGAGAAGCUCCGUAUAUUGUGACUAGACAGAGCCCUGUUGUCAUGGUAAAGUGCACAACCCCCAUGUGGCAGUUGGGGGAGGGGAGGCUGUGAAUGGAGGGGGUGGGGGUAUUUUCUCCCCUCCCUUCGGAUAACACGUGGCGUGAAUGAACUGGAUACAUGUCCGUUUCCUGUUUUGGGGUGGGGAGCACAGAGACGAGUCAAGCUGUGAUUCAAGGCUUGGGAGAGCCUAGUUCAUUACUACUUGUGCAGUCUGGUCCUCUGUCUAUUUUAGCAGUAGAAUAAAACAAAGGGGGAUUCCCCUCUCCCAGAAUCCACAAAGGGAUGUUGGGGGUAGAAUGUGUGCUGGCCGGGCUGACGUACCCGCUCUUGCGUGGGAGACGGACGGAGAUGGGGCUGAGGUGCAUUACGCAUGAACGUGUUCCAAAGAACCAGACUCCCACAUAUGUCUAGUUUGUUUAAACUAAUUGUUCCUUCCCCGCUCCCUGUGCCCCAGUGGAGUUAACCAUUGCCAUGGUUUGUAACUGGAAGUGGGAGAGGCUGGGUGAUGGCUAGGAAAAGCAGACGCCGCGCAUUGUGAGAUCUCUCACAGAGUUGCGCCGCGAACCUCCUGGGCUGAGGGAGCUUUUCCUGGUCAUUCCCAAAUGACGAGACUCUUGUUCCCGAGCAACUUAGAAUGGGUUGUUGGAGCAUUCCCGCCAUGGCUGUGCUGAUGGCGAAUGGAUCAGAACGGUUCCUCGUCUCCCCUCCUUCCCUUCCCCCACAACCGCCACCCUGGAAUGCUGCCAACACAAGACUGCAUCUCUAGCUGCGGGUGUGUUGCACUUCACGAAGAAACCAUCCCGCAGUCAUCUCUAGGUCCAUGCCUCCUGCAACCCUGCAGCAUCGCACAGGUUGAGAUUUUAUCUAGACAAGACGAGGACGCGUGUAGAAACCAAACCUACGUUCUUGCGGACUUUUCGGAAGGCAGGGUGAAAUUCUGUCCCUUUGCAGUUUUGCCAAAACUUGAGUUUCUUGUGAAACAAGAAAAGAAGAAAUGAGUUGCAGGCUCUUCUAGUAAUUAUGCAAUUUUACAGUGUGAAAAUAUUUUUUAUAUAGGAAAUAUAUACAGCAUGUUUAUGGACAGGGAUCGUGCAGCCAUUCACCAAAUUGUGAAGAGAUCUACAGGGAUAUUUCACUUGAUGCUAUUUUUAAGAAAUGUAAAUGUGGGGUAUUGCUGGUGGUGGAUGAAAACUCUCUCUCAAGCUCCUUAAUGCUGUGUACGCAAGACCAGCCACCUAGUAAAUAUGCCCACCGAGGUCAGGCUAUCCGAUUUUAUUUUUAGGAAAUAACUGGAUUGGGUAUGAUGUAGGUCAGGAAAACCUCCCGCAGAUGCUGCCUACAGUGAAGUUCCGAUGGUUUGACUUUCUGGGACGGAGCUGUUUCUGCCCUGGGUUUUCAUUCAGAAUCAUGUCCACUUUCCAGCCUAGCUUUCUCACCUCCCACUGGCUGGUCUAAAGGCAGUGGCCAGAGGGAGCUUGAGCCCUGGUAUUGGCAACUUGAUGAGUCUUUCUGCUGUGCCCCAUGGAUUAGGAGAAUGUUUAUAGCAUGAAGCCUAGUUAAUAGUCUGAAUAGUGUCUUGAAAUCUUAGCGAUGUCUUUUAAAGAGUCGUAGCAUUGCGUAGAAUGAAGGGUAUUACUGCCAAGUUACAAGUUCGGUUCAAAGUGCUCAGUUAGAAUGGACGUGAGAUUGACAAGGAAACACUUUUCCAUUAGCUGCUGGUGUUACUGUCUAGUGUGGAGUGGGAGUCAGAGCGUAAAUGUUACAUGCCCAGCCCCUUCCUUCACGACUCUCCCCCUCCCCUUGAGAGCAGCAUUGCCCCUAGAGCCUUCGGCGUGGGAGAUGUGCAGCGCGGACGUGCUAGGACAGGGACGCUGUCGCUUUCCACAGAGCUUCGGAGGAAUCGCAUCUAGUAUAGCUUUCUUUUGAUUAAAUACCAAAGAGCCAUUUUCCCAUUCACCCCAGGACUUUUUUUUAUCCUCACGCUACAUAUUAGACUGGCCGAUGACAUGGCACACGAGAAGGCCAGAGUCUGUAUUUGGUGACGGUUUUUGAGUGUCUAAGAAUGACGCCAACACUGCGGUGCCCGUAGAGCAGGACCAAGCAUCUUGUAAAACUUCCGAGGAAUUUCGUAACGGUGAAUGUACCUGUUUUCAGAAUGGACACUCGCCUGGCUCCUGCAUUAGCAUCGCCCAGGGUGGACUCCUUUUAGUGCUGGCUCCUGGCUAGUCGCUGGCAGGAUCGGGUGGAGGCCCGGUCAGAAAGAAAGUGCCCUCCGGAGAAGCUCUUGAGAUCAAGCUGGCCAGGACCAGGGUCCCGUGUUUGGCAAGUGGAGAAUGGAGUCCAACGGCAAAUGCCGGGCAGACUGAGGCUCCCCACGGCCAGGCUGAGGGAACUUGCCCUGCAGUUGUCUUUCCAUUGUCCCAGCUUGCAGUUCAGUGUGUCAUGCAGGUGGUUCACAUGCACAAAAGGCUUAUCAAGGAAAGGCAAGCUCCCCUCCCAGGGGGCCAGUGUGGUAGCUACUGGCUCAGACAGGGCCACCUGAAUGGAGCUUGUUUCUUUCCAAGGAGCAAGAACUCCCUGGCAGUCUGGCACAGACCACUCCUUCCUUCCGGGGAUAGCUCUUGGAACCGUCCUCGCUGAGAUCUGCUGCUUUGCAGGGCCGAGAGCACCCCCAGAUGAUUGGUCCCUAGCGGGGAUUUCCAAUGUUCUGCAGAAGAAUAACAUAGGGUGGCCAGAUGUGGAUAGCAUCCCCAUGACAGCACAUGUCCUGUUGGAGUCCAUGGACCCAUAGACCUCUGCUCAUCUGACUCACGGGAUGCUGACACUGUGCCAGGUAUCUCCCGAGUAGUGUUGUUGGAAUGACCCAAGUGAUCCAGACAUGUCUUGGCUACAGCCUUUGGGAAUUGGCGAUGACCAACCCAGGUGUCCGUGAGACACAGACUUGCCUUCUGCUACAGCUCUCAGAGGCUCACGCUUGCAUGGAAAGAGUUGUCACUCUGCUGAAGGGUUUGCCUAGCCUCGUGUAACCGGGAAUACCCUGUGCAGCACCAGCACCGUGUGGCUCUGAAGGGCGUUGCGAGGUUCAGUCCUGUGAUACGAGAAUUGAGUUCAAGCCACCUUGCGGACGAACCAGUGCGCCCCACAGGUCUGUUUGGCAGGUGCCAGUGGCCUCUCCCCACCCCUGGUUGCAAAGGCGGAAGGGGGAGUGAAAGGUCCCCUUAGCCAUGUUCUGCGGUGCCUGACACCGUCCAUGCAGCGUAGCCUAGGAGGCGAUGAUCUCUCGUAACCAGUCCCAUUGCGUUGCUAGACCCCUGGCCUGCUUGGGUGCUUUCUACCCAGGACCCUGCUUCUGAACCUGGCGACCAAAGAAAUCCAAGCUCCGGCAGCAGCCGUGCUAACGGUAGGACCUCGGUACGCCUGGCGGUGAGCAGAGAACGGAAAGCCAAAGCCGUGCUGCACCAACGGGGGCUGUUGGAGCCCGGCACAGCUCCCACCCUCCCGCCGAGGCCUAACCGAAGAGGGAAAAUCUUCCCAAAGUAAGUGGAGUCUGAGAGGCCUGUGCUUGGAAAGGAGCCGGUCCCUGCGGGGUUCCCCUUCCAUCCAGAAAGCACAGAACAGCUGGGGGCUUAGCCUGAGGGGAGCCUCUUCCCCGGGAGGCUUGAGAGCCCACGAGGUGGCAGAGACACCGGUCCCUUGUUAGGAGGUUUUGAAGAUCCUUGGAUCCUCGGGAAUCUUCGUUCUGCUGCUCCAUGGACAGGCGCCUGCAGUCACCUUGGUGCAGCUUUGUAUUUAAGGAGCCACUUUUUAAAAACCUGUCCAACCCCCACAUGCACCUGAAAGGGAAACGCUUUGUUUUCUAUUUCGCCAUCUUGGCUGUCUCUGGCGCACCUCAGUGGUGCCCUGCUAGCUCCCCGGGGUGGGACCGCUGUGUGGUUGGCACGCUGGGUUUUCCCCACGCCAGCUUCUCCUUUCUGAAAGCUGCCAGCAGACGGGUGUGUGUUCUGGCACCUCGGGUAAGAACCUGUGGCAACCUGCAGACUUUUCAGGCUAGAAGGAUUUUACCAGGUCUCCUCCUUCCCCGCUUCACUCCCUGGGGCUUUAAAGCUGGCAUAAUCCUGCAAGUCAGAACUUGUUUGUGGCCUAAUCUUAGCACAGGAGUCCAAGUUCCUGGUUUUUCAUCCCUGAACAUGUUCCUCUAAUUCUCAGAGUGCAGGGUGAGCACUGGUGAGUUUCUGGGGUGCAAUUGUUCUGUCUUUGGUAGCUCUCGCCCCCAGAGACUGGCUCCCAUGGUAGAGGGGAACUUUGCAUAUCUUCAUUUGGUUGGUGGGAAAAAUCUCCGGCUGUUUUCUGUGCCCUUUGCUUGAGAGGCUGCCCUGUGCCAGCCAAGCCUUCCUGUGCUGCUGUCCAAGGGGGAAGUCACACUGGCUGCUUAGAUCAAUCAGCCCUACAUCUAGACGCCCGGAAUCCGCAGGGCCCGGCUUCCCCACCAAGGUAAAGGAAGCAACAGCUGGCUAAUGCAACGUGGGAAUGAGCAGUGUUGGAAUAUUCGUCUUCUCUCCAAAGACGACUCUGUUUGGGCCUUGGGAGUUUUU